AUGAUAAAUCAACAAUAUAUGGACAUUUUAAAAUUGCCAUUAGAGUUAUUAGAAAAGAUAUUUAAAUUUUUAGAACAGAAAUCAUUAUGUUCUACAUCAUUAGUUAAUAAACAAUGGAAUCAUACAGUAAAUUUAGUUUGGCAUACUAUAGAUCUUUCUAAAUCACAUAGUCAUUUCACUCACUUGGCCUCAAAAGUGAAAUCUCUCUCAAAAAAUAAUAAAGGUGGCAAAAAAAUAAGAGUACUCGAAACAAUAUGUAAUAAUUUAGUAUCAAACAAUGGCUUCUUAAUACCUCCACUCUCUAAUAAGAAUAAUCCAAUCUUUAAAAAGAAUUAUAAUAGUAGUAGCAGUAGUAACAGUAACAGUAACAGUAACAGUAGUAGUAGUAGUAGUAGUAGUAGCAAUAAUAGUAAUUAUAUAGAAAAUAACAGAGAAAUAGUACCGAUAGAAAAUAAUAAUAAUAUAAUAGAAUCAAAUAAUGAAAAAGAAUUUAUAAAAGAUAAUUUAAAUUUACAAUUUUAUUAUAAUAAUGAUAAUGAAAAUAAUAAUAAUAGUAAAAAUUAUAAUAAUAGUAGUAAUGAUAAUGAUAAAGAAUUAACAGUUGAAGAAAUAAUAUUUAAUAAAAAACAAUUAAAAAGUAAUGGCAGUAGAAAUAAAUUAGAGAAAGAGAUUGAAGAUAGAAUUGAGAAAAGGAUGGACCACUUUUUUAAAUCAAUUUGUAAUAGAUUUCAAAGGGUUGAAGUUUUAGAUUUAUCAGGUUGUACAGAUUUAAAAAUGGAUUCAAUAAUGUUAUUGGUUAGAUCAUUUUCACAAACUCUUAAAAAGUUAACUACACGUCGUUGCAAAUCCCUCUCAAUUACAGAUGAAAGAUUCUCACAAAUCUUUCAAUAUUGUAAAAAGUUAACAACACUAUCGUUGGGUGAAAUGCCAUUAAUCGGUGACCAAACCAUCACCCAACUUUCAAUCCACUGUCCAAAUUUAGAAGCAUUAGGCAUUGCAAGAUGUAUAAAUAUUACUGAUAAAUCAAUAAUUACACUUUCAAAAGCAUUAGUACAAUAUCAAGCAAAGAAUAAUAAUUCAAAUUCAAAUUCAAAUUCAAAUAAUAAUCCAAAUAAUAAUAAUAAUAAUAACUAUAGUAAAUUAAAAAUCAUUGGAUUAAAUCAUUUAUCACAUUUGUCGGAUGAGUGUAUAUUAAUGUUGGGUUUAAGUUGUAGUAAAACAUUGAAUAUAUUUAGUGUUUGCAAUUUGGUGAAUUUAACAAGUGAUACAUUGUCAAAGAUAUUUUUAAAUUGUACGCAAUUGGGGUCAAUUGAUUUAUCGGGUUGUGUGAAUGCUGAUGAUACCGUAUUGGAAUCAAUCGCUAUGAAAUGUGGUAACCUAUUCCAAUUAAAUAUUAGUAGACUACCAAAGGUGACUUCAUCAUCAUUGAAAUUGGUCGCUCAACAUUGUAAAUUAAUCAGACUACUAUUCAUAAGUAAAACAAUGGUAGAUGAUGAUUGUAUAGUCUAUUGUGUUGAUAAUUUAAAUUUAUUGGAAGUUUUAUUCGCAAGUCAUUGUUCAAAUUUAACUGAUGUAUCAAUUAAAUCAAUACUUGACCUUGGAACUGAAAGAUUAUCCUCAAUGAUUGUUAAUUUUUCAUCAUGUAUAAAUAUUUCAACUUCAUUAAUAUCAAUUUUACAAUCAUUUACAAAGCCAACUCCAAAUCAUAGUAAUAAUAAUAAUAAUAAUAAUAAUAAUAAUAAUAAUUAUAAUAGUAAUAGUAAUAAUAGUAGUAAUGGAGGUAACAAUAAUAAUAAUAGUAAUAAUAAUAAUAAUAAUAAUAAUUAUAAUUAUGGAGGUGGUAGUGGCAGUGGUAGUAAUAGUUACACCAAUAAUUUUAAUAGCAAUGACCACUAUAACAGUGGUAGUAAUAGUAGUGGAAGUAAUAUUCAUGGUGAUAGUUUAUAUAGUUGUCAAAGUAAUCACAGUAGUUAUAAUAGUUUUCGUAAUAAUCAUUUAAGUAAUAUUAUUGAUGAGAUUGAAUUGACUUAA